ACAAUCUACCUCUUCCCUUCUUCUCCUUCCUCUCCCGCCGUCACAAUAUCCGAAUUCAAAUCCCUAAAUCAACGCGACAUCUCAAACCCUCCGCCGCUGAGACUCAUCGUAUUCGACGCGACGUGGAAACACGCGAGUGAGAUGGUGAAAGCUAGCGAAGAGGUUCUAAGAGAAGCAGGAGCGGUUAGAGUGUGUUUGGAUACGGGAAUAGACGCAUCCGUGAGCGGAGGAACCAUCUACGACUCGGAGCUUGUGUUGAGGAAAGAACCAUUCGGAGGAUGUGUGACUACGGCGGAGGCAGUAGCACGGUGCUUGGGAGCUAUCGAACCGGACGGUGAAGAAAUCGAGAGGAAGCUGAUUAGUGUAUUGAAAGAGAUGGUGAGGUUACAAUCUAAGUUCUUGAAGCCCAUGAAUCCAAGACCUAAGUUAUUGAAGAAGAGAUUACAGAUUCAGCAAACCACUUGAACAAGAAUGAAUGAAUUGAGUUUUUAGCUCUAUCGUAUUAUUAUUACAUUAGUCCAUUCUAGUAGUAGUAACUCGUUGCAAUCAAACAAUUAGGUGAAUUUCUCAAAUUUAUUCACAUUUGGAGUUAACAAAGUCAAUCAGUGACUCUUUUUGUGGAACGGAUCAAACUUUUAUAACUCAAUAAAAGAAGAAAAACAUUGAGAGACAUGGGACCUUCUUCCAUGUGAAGUGAGAAAGUCAU